AUGCAGAAGUACUUACACCUCCUAGUGGAAGAAAUCCAAUCCGCGGCCGAACACGCCGUCCGCGACAUGCUCAAAACGAUCCACACAACCACGCACGGCGCCCCCCUCCACGCAACCGAUUACAUGGACGACGGGACGCGCAUCCAACUAAAAGUAACCAUCGACCCCUCGAGCGGCGGUGCCGUCUUCGACUUCACAGGCACCGGGCCAGAAGCAUUCGGGAACUGGAACGCCCCGAUCGCCAUAACCAACUCGGCGAUAAUCUUCUCCCUGCGCUGUCUAGUCAACACAGACAUCCCCCUAAACCAAGGCGCCAUCCGCCCCAUCACGACCAUCAUCCCGCCCAACUCCCUCCUACACCCGAGUCCGGAAGCGGCAGUAUGCGCAGGCAACGUGCUAACGAGCCAGCGCAUCGUAGACGUGGUGUUCCGGGCCUUCGGCGCGUGUGCUGCCAGUCAGGGCUGUAUGAACAACCUGACGUUCGGCACGGACGACGCGGAGAACGGGUGGGGGUACUACGAGACGAUCUGCGGGGGCAGUGGGGCGGGGCCGUCGUGGCGGGGCACCGGGGGCGUGCAUACCAAUAUGACGAAUACGCGGAUCACGGAUCCGGAGAUCCUAGAGCGG